AUGGUAGGUCCGGCGCCCGCGUUACCUCCAAAGCGGCCGCUCAUGGCCCCCAAGACCGGGAUGCCGCCGACGUCUAAGGUACCAACUCCAACCACCACACCCAAGGUGUUGUUUGCGCCAAAAAAGGCGACCAUGGAAGCCAUGAAUGCUCCGUAUGCACAACUCAAGGCCCCAACGCCACCCAAAAAGGCUCCAUUGGUUUUGCCGAAAAAGGCCACUGUAAAAUCGAGUGUAAUGGAGGCAGCAACUGCGAAGCCUUCAACUCCUCUAUCAAGGCGAACAUCUGAUGCUAGUAUGAAUGGAGAUCGUCAACCGAAUGUAGUAAAGGAUCACACGGCACAGCUGCGUAAAAUGGGAUCAUCUGCGCAGCAGGCCCCAGAUCCGCAAUCGUUCAAAUCAAUGCUAAGUUCUGCGUUGGUUCCGUCUAUUGACAUGGCGCAACUCGAUGGAUCCAAUGAAGUACCCGUUAAACCGUCUGCGAACUCUGUGGUUGCAAGCCAUCCCACCGGAACGACAAAGGUUGCAUCUGCGACACCGGAGUCCAAGUCAGACAAUGUAAGCGGCACGAAUCAGCCGCCUAUGUCGUCUGGGGAUAAGGAAAGGCAUAUUUCUAAGGAUGUAGAAAAUGGUGCCAAGCAUGUCCCCUCCAUCAAGGUAGAUAGCCCACGCACCGUUGGUUCAACACCAUGGCUGGACAUAGAGCGUCGCAUCAACGAAAUACGUGCAUUGGCUUCCGCCAAUAUGCCAGAAGAAUCGGUACAAACCCCGCGAAGAAAUGCCGCGGAUGGAAGCAGCCUCUAUGGCAACUACAAUACCCACUACGAGUCCGGUCAGGACUGGGGGAAAGAGGCGUCACGCCCAUUAAGUUACCGGAUGGUGCAAAGUCUCCAUCAGUCUAAGGACAAGACACAGCAACGGUGCUCAACAACGACUCCCGAUCGGUGGAAUUUUGUUGACGGUUUCCUCAAGCCUCGUCGCAAACCGUUUGCGAGCAUGUCGGAAUUAUCCCAGCACUUUCGCCACAUUUCCACUGGAGAUCAGAGUGAGUUGAUUAAGUUGCUGUUGGCAUGUAGGUCGUUGGAGAAGUUGAUUGAGGAGCAGCACGGCGUGUUGGACAUGCUGGACCACGAUCUGCGUGAGGCACGUGAGAUGCUGCGUUUGCCAGAGCACCUCCGAGGUCUCUGCUCACAAAAGGUGAUGGGACAACCUCCUCAGGAGGAGCCAUUUUACCCUACAAGCGAUAUCCCGCUGUUCAUAAAGGGCCGCGUGUCGCUGCUGCCCGGGGCCAACGAUGUUCAGCUGAACGAUGCAACCUACAGCAAGACAAAGUUAUGCGUGCCCAGUACCGUAUCGUACGCAAAGCAAAUAAUUCAUGCGAAGGGUAUUCCGCCAUAUGGAGGCUUGUAUGCUCCAGAAACCGCGAUUGAGUACCUACGCCGGCGCAAACUAUGUCCAGCGUAUGCCUUCAGCCGCCAGAUCGCGGAAGGCCUGUACAAGGACGACGAGGUCAUUGAAGAUGUGGGUCAGCUGCUGCUGGACGCCAUCAACAAAAAGACAGCCGUGGACGGUGCUGCUAAAUGGUUCGUCGAUGUCGCAGCACGCGAUGACACUGCGGAGGCCGUAGAGCGUCUGCUGUGCGAGCGUGUCUUCGCCAACGCCAAUGUGCAUGCAGAGGCGCUCAACUUCGUAGGUUACCCUGGACACCCAUAUCAUUACUGUUCAGUGCAAGGGCGUGACUUCGCAGUUCCUGAGCGCGGAGUCUACGAAGCGCGAGUCGGUCGCGUUCAUCAAGUCCGUCCUGGACCGCCCGUCGCUCCAUGCCCACCUGUCGCACGCGCUCAUCGAGGUGCUGAAGCAGAACUUCUACCCGCGCUGGUUGGUUUUCGUUACUGGGGAAUUUAA